GCGGGAGUGAGGGAAAUUCGGUGUGGUGGUUCCACGCGACACGCCCCGCUCUGCAGUGUCGGGAGGACACGAAGUCCCAUUCCCCGCUGCCACGAUUUUUCUUUCAACCCCCCCAUUCAGUUCUGUUUCCGGCCAGUCCGUGGUGCCGGGCGGGGGUCGCGUCGAUAUGGAAAAGGGCGGUGAUGGAAAGAUGUGAUGGACGAGGGAGGAUCAACGCAGGAGGAGGGAGGAGGAAGAGGGAGAAAGACAUUUGGGGCAUGUGGCACGUGUGCGCUCAGAGCAGGAAGGGUGGGAAAAAGAGGGAGGAUGAAGAGGGAGAAGCAUGUUUGGGCCGAUCGAAACAAAGGAGGCAGCAUGAGGAGCACCGAGGACGAGGAGGAACAACGAAAAAGAGGAGGAGCGAGGGGACGAUGAGAAUGGAGGAAAGAGGAGGAGGAUGGAACAAAAGGAGAAAGAGGGACGAAAAGGAGGAGGACGAUAAGCAUGGCAGACGACGAGAAUUCAUGGAGGAGGGAAGAGGAUGUAGGAAGGAGGUUGGCAGGGGGAGGAGGACAUCACACAAGGGGGAGGAGGAGGUCGGAAGAGAGGUUGGAGGAGGUCGCACGAGGGGGAUGAGGAGGUCGCACAAGGAGGAGGAGGUUGUGCGAGGGGGGAGCGGACGUCGCGACAAGGAGGAGGAGGAGGUCAGAAGAGAGGUGCGAGGAGGUCAUGCGAGGGGGAAGCAGACAUCGCGACAAGGAGGAGGAGGAGGUCGUGCGAGGGGGAUGAGGAGGACUGCUUCUUCGUCUCAGUGGUAAUCCGAACUCGUCCUGAGCUUCAAGGCAAACCGGUCGCGGUUUGUCAUUCUAGCUCUGCAAAGGGAACUGGGGACAUUUCAUCUGCCAAUUAUGAAGCCCGCAAGUUCGGAAUAUCUGCUGGGAUGUAUGUGAGGAGUGCAAAAAAAUUAUGCCCUGAGUUAGUCAUCGUCCCUUACGAUUUUGAAGCCUAUGAAAAG